AUGGAGAAAACAAUUCUUCUCAGCAACGUUAGCAAAAACGCCAGGCUCGCUGUGUUUCUCGCCUGUGCGCUGAAGCUAGCAGUCACCGUUCCAACCUGGGCACAAAAGGCUAGAAAGAAAUCCUUUUUCGAGUUUCUCGCCCUGCUCGAUUCGAUGUUGACCGACUGGAUGCUAUUCAUCGUUAUUACCUACGUUCUUCUGCACUACCUUAAUAAGUACGGUACCAACAAACGUAAGAAGGGAGGUAGAUACUCUUCUACUUCUUCCAAAAUUAGCAGGUCGUCUGGAGGGAGUGAUAGAUCUAUAUGCGGAAGCAACAUAACCAUCCGAUCGAAUGCGAGCUAUAUGUCCCUUAGUUCAAUUACUACAUCCGUUAUCGACCGCCAUAACGAUGUUUCCUUCUCAAUGGAACAGUUUUUGAAGGGCAGGGACGAAUUUUUCUUGACCGCAAAGGGUAUGGUUGAGGGUAGUUUUGGUGAAAUUGAUAGUUCAAGGGUUUGGGAUUCUGGUGUUGAGUACAGCAGACGAGAGGCUCUCUUGGAGCUGGUUCUGGAGUGA